AUGCUGCUGUCCUCCCCCUCGGCGACAGCGCCGAACGCCAGUGGCGGCGGCAGUCGUGGUGCAGCCGCUGGCAACGAGGUUGUCCCACCAACCCCGGAGGUAUCAACAGCGCUUUCCACUGCGCACGCGCAGCUCGUGCUUCUGGAAUACGCGAUCCGGGCCGCUGCCGCCAGCGCUCUCCCUAGUGACGCCUCCGCCCAGUCCCAUCGAAAAACAUCCGAAGGGACGCGCACACUGAACGCAACCGUGGGCUCGCAAAACACUUCGCUUCCCGGGCCUGUACCGGCUGAGUCCAGCUCUCUAACAGGCAUCAUGGCAGCGACGCGGCUCUCCAGUGUGACGGCAACAGCGCCGUCAGGUGCCAGCGAGCGGCUCAGCGCGCUGCACGACAACCUGCGGCGUGUUCGGCGCCUCAUGCAGCAGUACGAGGAGGCCUCGCAGCGCGUCAUCAAGGUACACCUGCUUCCCUCCCCCGAGACGGGCGGGGAGACUCUCGGGUCAGUGACCACGCCAACUGCGCAUGCCGGUAAAAGGGUGAAGGAGGUGAGCCCGCAGCAGGUGAGUGUCUCGGUCGCCAGCAACGGCAAGCCAGCCGCAGACCAGCAGGCCAUCCCCCAGUCCCUGCACCAGCGCCGAGCGCUUGCCAGCGACGCCGUCUUCACGCGCUUCUGCGGGUUGCGCGUCACUCCUGAUCAGCUGCUCCUGCCACUUCAGCCACCAGCGAACGCGGCCACCUCACCUACGCUGCGAGGCAUUGACGAGGACGCUGAGGAGAGAAAGAGCGGGAGCGGGGGUAGCUUGGUGAGCAACUACUCCGAGCCCGUGAAGAGGCGUGGUAGCAACAACAAGACCCGCAGCGGCCAGACGGCAGGUACCCCGAAUGCGAAAACCCAGCACAACUCGACUGCAACCAGCCCCAAGCACUCUCCCUCGUUUCGCACGGCGCAGCAACGGAAGCACAUGAGCGCCGAGGCCGUACUGGAGGAAUACGCGAAGCUCUUCUAUCGCCCCUCCGCCACAGCGGUAUCGCCGCCGGCGACGCCGCGCUCGACGGCCAUCGAGGUGCUGUCGUCGCAGUCACCGGUCGUGGCGGCGGCGGCACCAGCACAUAACACCAAAGCGGGGAACCUGUCCUCAGCAGCACCGGCUGAUGACGGUGAAGUGGUGCGACAGCUACAGGAGAUGCAGCAGCAGUUUGCGGCCCUGCAGCGGUGUCACCUGUUCGCCUACGAGGCACACCUGAAGCCUGCGCAUGCGGCUGCUGAUACCCAGGGCAAUGGCACUGACGUCCGCACCAUCAAAAGAGGAAUGGCCGCUCUUGGGGCAGCGACGAGCGGCGCGCAAGUCAACAAUGUCAGAUGGCAGCACAUACCUGUCGCCGUUCAGCACAUGCAGGACAGCCUCACCGCGCUGCAGACCCGUUUUACGCGUGACUCGCACUACGCCAGCUGCGGCGGACAACCAAUCGUCCUCGUGCAUCAGCUGCAAGCCUGGACGCAGCCGCUGGUCCAGAAUUUGAACGAGCUCCUCUCGAACCUCACCGUGGAGGAGACGGACGAGAAGACGCGCGAGAAGCUGCGGCGCAUGAAAUUUGACGCGGAGGAGCUGCAGCAGGCGCAGGCGCAGGCAAUCUCGAACGGCGAUAUGCAGCGCUCCGAGGAGCUCUAUUACGAGCAGACGUCGCUGGCUGAGGCGAUGGCAGGGCCGUACGACGAGUUGGAGGCGAUAAUGCGGAAGUACGGAGAGGUGUGCGUCGACGCGCCGCUGACGCGCGUGCUGGACCAGCGCGAUCUGCUUACGACGCGGCUGACGCGCGUGAUCGAGGAGUACACGAGCAAACUCUCGGAGGUCACCCUUGAUGCGGAGCGGGUGAAGGAGAAGCGGCGGGCCGUGGCGCAGGCGCGUCAUCGACAGCGCAACAACAUGUCGACGUACAACCACACAUGGAAGAAGGCGUGGCAGACGAACAGCGACCAGCAUAUGGCGUGCUACCGCGCGAUGGAGCAACUGGAGAAGCAGCUGAACGACCUGCGGCAGACACAACGCUUUCUCGUAGAUGACUGGAUCAGCCACAUCACCCAGGAGCGCCAGAGGGAGGAGGACGCGGCAUCCUUUGCGUGCUUCGCAGAUGCCAGGGCAGCCGCCCUCGCUGAGACGCAGCGCAACCUACAGGCAGUUGUCGAAGGCGUGCGCCAGUACAGUGGGGCUGUGCAGUUUAGCUGCCGUCACGUCGAGGCCUUCGUCCGCGAGGUGCUGCAAAAUCAUCUUAGUCAGCUGCAGGUGGCGCUUCGCAAGGACCGACUGGAGCAGUUUCGCGCCCUCUACCUCACGCUCGGCGACCUGCGCUUCAAGAAGGCGCGCAACGCCGAGGAGAUGGAGAAGAAGAUUGAGCACUACACACUGCAGCAGGAGGUUGCCAUGGACGCGCUUAACCCGAAGGCGAAGGAGUUCAGCAAAGCCAAGCAGCGCUACGAGGCCGCGAAGGCCGAGGCGCAGAAGCAGAUUGACCAGCUCGACCAACGCAGUCGACUGCAGCUUGAACGCUUCCGGCCGACAGAGCAGCUGCUUCGCGAAGCUGGGGUGGACUUUGUCUCCCCCGAGGAGGAGCUCGCCAGGCGCAUGCAGGAACGCUCUCAGAAGCUGCUCGAGUACCAGCAACUGAUAGAGGACGGCAUCGGCGUGCGGUCGACGACGACCACCUCGACCGCCCCCUCAUGCUCCCCUCCGACGCUCACCACCGCGGCCACCGUGGCUACUUCAGAGGCAACGGCCUCCUCUGCUCGGGCCGAAAGUGCGAAGGGCCUCCCCGGCACGAGUGCGCCACCGCCGCCUCGACUGCAAGCUGUCGGAUCCCUGCACACCUACCCACGGGCGCCGACCGCGGAGGAAGCGGCCAACCCCACCGCUACCGCUUCCGGGGCCCUUUCUGGGAAAAACAGCCGUCAGCUGCCUCCACUUCGCAAAUUGAGCCGCACCUACCCGCCAUCGCAGCGCACGGAUAACAGCGACGGCGACGAAGCGACCGCGACGACAACAGAGCCCCCGCCGCAAGGUCCGAAUCCGACCUCUGUGGCUGCCGCCCCCACAGCUGCCUCCUUAUCGAGCCUGCACGCGACGGAGGAGCGCAUCAUGCAGAGCAUCUCAAAGAUGGCGGUGCCCGAUCGCAGCAGGACCCGUAACAGCAGCGUCGCUAUUCCCAGUCGAUGGAAGAGAAGCAAGCGAUGA